AUGUCUAUUGAUACGUAUCUUUCCUUUUUUUCUCGAUCUGAGUCUUCUCCAUUUGUAAGUCUCGAGCUUUGUCUCAGCAUUUUCCUCUUCAUUUCCCUUUUUGUUUUCUGGCUGACUCCAGGUGGCUUUGCUUGGGCACUUUACAAAGCUCGCUUCCACACCCGACCCGAAUCCAAAAUGCGGCCGGCCAUUCCUGGACCGUCUGGUCUCCCCAUCAUUGGCCUCCUCUUGGCCUUCGUCAACAACGCCUUGACACACAGAAUCCUCGCCGCUAUUGCUACAUCUUGCAAAGCAAAAGCUCUCAUGGCGUUCUCUGUCGGCUCAACCCGGUUUGUAAUAACUAGCCAACCGGAGACCGCUAAAGAGCUCUUAAACAGCUCUGCUUUCGCAGACCGGCCAGUGAAAGAGUCGGCUUACGAGUUGCUGUUUCAUAGAGCCAUGGGGUUUGCAUCUUUUGGUGAUUACUGGAGAGAGCUAAGGAGAAUCUCUUCCACUCAUCUCUUUAGCCCUAAGAGGAUCUCCGGUUUCGGCGAGUCUCGUCAGAAAAUCGGGGAAAAUAUGGUAGGAGAGAUCAAGAACGCUAUGGAGAGUUAUGGAGAGGUACAUAUCAAAAGGAUCUUGCAUUUCGUAUCACUCAACAAUGUGAUGUCUAGUGUUUUCGGCAAAACAUACGACUUCAACGAUGGUAGUAUUGUAAACUUGAAAGAGAGCAACGAGUUGGAGCAUUUGGUGUCGGAAGGCUAUGAGCUUCUCGGAAUCUUUAACUGGAGUGAUCAUUUCCCGGGAAUGAAGUGGUUAGAUCUACAAGGCGUGAGGAGAAGAUGCCGUAGCUUGGUCGGGAAGGUGAAUGUGUUCGUUGGAAAGAUAAUCGACGACCACAAAUCAAAGAGCUUUCUUCAUGAUAACAAUAGAGAAGAGAGCACAAGUAAUGAUGACUUUGUCGAUGUCUUACUUGGCAUGCAAGGCAACAGCAAACUUUCUGACUCCGAUAUGAUCGCCGUCCUUUGGGAAAUGAUUUUUAGGGGAACGGACACUGUUGCCAUUUUAUUGGAAUGGAUACUUGCGAGGAUGGUUCUUCACCCUGACAUUCAAGCCAAGGCUCAAGCCGAGAUCGAAGCCAUCGUGGGUAACACGGGACGUCAAGUCUCAGACUCGGACCUCUCCAAGCUCCCAUACCUUCGAGCCAUUGUCAAGGAAACCCUAAGGAUGCAUCCACCUGGUCCUCUCCUCUCAUGGGCUCGUCUCUCUAUUCACGAUACUCAUGUCGGGACCCACUUUAUCCCCGCUGGAACCACUGCCAUGGUCAACAUGUGGGCUAUAACCCAUGAUGAAAAUGUCUGGCCGGAGGCUGAUGUGUAUAAACCAGAAAGAUUUCUUGGUACGCAAGAAAGUGAUAACUUCUCCAUCAUGGGAUCUGAUCUUAGGCUUGCUCCCUUUGGUGCUGGACGUAGGGUUUGUCCCGGUAAGUCGAUGGGUCUAGCUACUGUGGAGCUAUGGCUGGCUCAGUUGCUAGGAAGCUUCAAGUGGGUCCCUUGUGGUGAAGUGGAUAUGAGCGAGACAUUGAAGCUUUCUUUGGAGAUGAAGAACACUCUUGUCUGUAAGGCUAUCCCUAGGGUUUAUUAG